CUUACCAUGUUUAUUUUGCAGCUACAAAAAUGCAAUGGGAGGUAUUUGGGCGGUGUCCGUCCUCUUCUUGUGCUAUACACUGACUGAAACUCUACGAAUUUCAAGUAGCACAUGGUUGAGCAUUUGGACUGAUGAGGGUUCUCUGAAUAUCCAUGGCCCUGGUUACUACAACUUAAUCUAUGGCAUUCUUUCUUUUGGGCAGGUUCUAGUCACUCUCACGAAUUCUUACUGGCUGAUCACGUCAAGUCUUCGAGCUGCCAAGAGGUUGCAUGACUACAUGCUCCGGUCUAUAUUAAGAGCUCCCAUGGUAUUUUUUCACACCAAUCCACUUGGACGGAUCAUCAACAGAUUUUCGAAGGAUUUGGGUGACAUUGACAGGAAUCUUGCUGUCUUCGUCAACAUGUUUAUGGCACAAAUAUCUCAGUUGCUCUCAACAUUUGUUCUCAUCGGUGUUGUCAGCACUAUGUCUCUUUGGGCUAUCAUGCCACUUCUGAUUUUAUUUUAUGCAGCCUACCUUUAUUACCAGGCCACAUCACGCGAGGUAAAGCGCAUGGAUUCUAUUACUAGGUCUCCUGUGUAUGCUCAGUUUUCAGAGGCAUUAAAUGGUCUGUCCACAAUCCGUGCCUACAAAGCCUAUGAUAGAAUGUCAAACAUCAAUGGGAAAUCAAUGGACAACAACAUCAGGUUCACACUCGUGAACAUGAGUUCAAAUAGGUGGCUAGCCAUCCGGCUGGAAACAUUGGGUGGCAUCAUGAUAUGGUUCACGGCAACAUUUGCUGUCAUGCAAAACCAACGAGCAGAGAAUCAGAAGGCCUUUGCUUCCACGAUGGGUCUUCUUCUUACCUAUACCCUCAAUAUCACCAAUCUGCUCACAGCUGUUCUUCGUCUUGCUAGUCUUGCUGAAAACAGCAUGAAUGCUGUUGAACGUGUGGGAACAUACAUUGAGUUGCCUUCUGAGGCUCCUCCUGUCAUUGAGGAUAACAGGCCACCUCCCGGUUGGCCAUCAUCUGGUAUCAUCAAGUUUGAAGAUGUUGUGCUUCGGUACCGACCAGAACUUCCUCCUGUUCUUCAUGGAAUAUCAUUCAUUAUUAAUGGAAGUGAGAAGGUAGGAAUAGUUGGCAGAACAGGUGCUGGUAAAUCUAGCAUGCUUAAUGCUUUGUUCCGUAUUGUGGAGCUGGAGCGAGGGAGAAUAUUGAUUGAUGAUUGUGAUACUUCUAAGUUUGGAAUUUGGGAUUUGCGAAAAGUGUUAGGAAUAAUACCACAGGCACCGGUCCUCUUUUCAGGUACUAUUCGAUUUAAUCUGGAUCCUUUCAGCGAGCAUAAUGAUGCGGAUCUAUGGGAGGCUCUUGAAAGGGCUCAUCUAAAAGAUGUCAUAAGGAGGAAUGCUCUAGGGCUAGAUGCUGAGGUUUCUGAGGCCGGUGAAAAUUUUAGCGUUGGACAGCGGCAGCUGCUGAGUUUAGCUCGUGCAUUGCUACGAAGGGCAAAGAUACUUGUUCUUGAUGAGGCAACAGCAGCAGUUGAUGUUCGAACUGAUGCUCUUAUACAGAAGACAAUCAGAGAAGAAUUCAAGAGUUGUACAAUGCUUAUAAUCGCUCACCGCUUGAACACUGUUAUCGACUGUGACAGGUUGCUUAUUCUAAGUUCUGGGAAGAUUUCGGAAUUUGACACCCCCGAGAACCUUCUGAGCAAUGAGGAUGGUGCUUUCUCCAAGAUGGUUCAGAGCACAGGGCCUAGCAAUGCAGAAUAUCUUAAGUCUCUUGUGCUUGGGAAUGGUGAAGAGAGGCUGCGAAAGGAAGAAAGUAAGCUGCAAGAUAUUCAGAGGAAAUGGGCCGCGUCGAACCGAUGGGCUGUUGCUGCCCAGUUUGCACUUGCUGCUAGCCUCGCAUCAUCCCACAGCGACCUUCUCUCAUUGGAGGUUGCUGAGGGAAACAACAUCCUCAGGAAAACAAAGGACGCAGUAAUCACCCUGCAGGGCGUCCUUGAAGGGAAGCACAACACUGAAAUCGAGGAGUCGCUCACCGAGUAUCAGGUUCCAUCUGAUAGGUGGUGGUCGUCACUUUACAAAGUCAUCGAAGGCCUCGCCACGAUGAGCAAACUGGGGCGCAACCGUCUACGGCAACCUGGUUACAGUUUUGAAAACCACGGGUCUAUUGACUGGGAUCAAAUUUAGGUGUAGAACACAGCAUUGCUGCGCUACCGAAUCCCUGGAACCGCAUCGUGGAAUAGUUUGGGGGUGUGCAUUAAUCAGGCACGGUUUAAUUUCUACAGUAUUGUAGUACAUUUUUGUACAUUUCAUUGCCAGUACAUUGACGUGCAAGUCGGGAGUUACUCAGUAGAAACGCCGUCUUGAUGCCUAUCUGAAGGCGAAUAACAAGGGGAUUUUGUAGCAGUGGCAGUCUUGUAAUGUCGUCCGCAUGGGUUACAUUUCUUGUGCCCAAUCUCGGUAAUCAGCGUACCCGAAAUUUUGAUAAUAUUGUGCAAUACGAGUGUACGUGGAUUCUUUA